UUUCAGUUUUUGAACUUAGUUGACGUCGGCCGUUGUAGCAUAUGUGGAAUUUUUACCCUUAAACUUGUACUUUAUCUAUUGAUAGCGCCGAAUUCUCUUAUUUAACUUAACAGGAAUCGUUUUAUUUUUCUUUUGGGGUUGUGUGUCAGUGAGUUUUGAUGCCCAAACGGCCAUCUGCGGAUGUCGUCUGUUUCCUAAACGUGCUCUCGGCGCUAAAGUUUUGUAUGAGUUGAAGGCUCGGCGGGUGGAUCACGGGAGGGAGCACAGGAAAGGCCCGGUGACGCCUCGGCUUCGGAGUGCUUAUCAUGGCCGGCAAUUUCGACGCGGAGGACCGCGACAGCUGGUACUGGAAUCGGCUGGGUCGACAGGAGGCUGUGUCUCUGUUGCAGGGGCAGCGACACGGCGUGUUCCUAGUGCGGAACUCCUUCACUUGCCCCGGCGACUACGUGCUCUCAGUGUCGGAGAACUCCAAGGUCUCGCAUUAUAUCAUCAAUAGCAUCAGCAAUAACCGACAGUCCGGUCCAGCAAGUCAGGCCCAUCUGAGGUUCCGUAUCGGCGACCAAGAGUUUGACGCACUCUCUGCUCUGCUGGAGUUCUACAAAAUCCACUACUUGGAUACCACCACCCUAAUAGAACCCAUCAACAAGUCCAAACACACCUCCUUUAUCAGCGUCGGCCCUGGUGGAGCCAUUCCACCCCGUCUGGAAGAUGAGUAUGUACGAGCGCUUUUCGAUUUUCCUGGCAACGACGAAGAGGAUCUUCCAUUUCGGAAGGGUGAUGUUCUCCGUGUUCUCGAGAAGCCAGAAGAGCAGUGGUGGAAUGCUCAGAACUCUGAGGGCAGAGCAGGGAUGAUCCCUGUUCCGUACGUGGAGAAGUACCGACCCGCAUCUCCUAAUGCGGUGGUUGCAUCCUGUGUACCUGGGGGCCCACCAGGAGGAGUGGGAAUGUUGGGGAACUCUGAUGGCUCUGCAGCACCGCUACUAGGAGAUCCCAGCCAGUAUGCCCAGCCUACCCCACUCCCAAACCUCCAGAACGGACCUGUCUAUGCCAGGGCCAUACAGAAGAGGGUGCCCAAUGCCUAUGACAAGACGGCCCUGGCUUUAGAGGUGGGCGAUAUGGUGAAAGUGACCAAAAUAAACGUCAACGGCCAGUGGGAGGGGGAAUGUAAAGGAAAGUGUGGCCACUUUCCCUUCACACAUGUCAAACUGCUGGACCAGCAUAACGCUGAGGACGAACUCAGCUGAGAGUGGACGAGCGGGUGCAAACUGGACACUAGUAUUAGACCCUGCUUUCCCACUUGUUUCUAAUGGCCACCACCUCACAUCUAUUACCUCCACCAAGUACAGUUUCGCUCAAUCCCUAUGAAAUACUACAAACUGACAUGUUCCUGACAGUGCAACACAGCCACCUCCUGCUCUCACCAUCUGAUUCAGUGCGAACUGAAAGGUGGUCCACGCAUUUUGCAAGGUUUCACUCUCACUGUACUGACACGCCUGUCACUGUUCACAGAACUCCUCCUUUUUUCAUCCUGUGUUCGAGCUGGUAGAUAAUUAUUCACUCUCGUCAAUUUACUGUUUUAGGCCAUGGCCAUCAGUACAGUCGGAAAAGAACGUAAAGAUAGUUGGUUAUACUUGUUUUCACAAAAUGUCAAGACAUUUCUUAGUACCGGUACUGUAUUUUCCGGACUGUAGAGCGCACUGGAAUAUAAGCCGUACCCGUUAAAUUAAAAAAACAAAACACGUUUUACAUACAUUAGCCGCACCGGAUUAUAGGCCUGUACGCUGUGGAAUGAGAUAUUUACUCAAAUUAUGCAAGAACGCCCCUGAUAAGAAAAAUCCAUAGAUAUGCAGCAUCAUUGUAAAAGCUGCAGGGUUCAAAGCAUAGGAAAAAAAAGUAGCGGCUUGUAGGGGUGUCAAAAAAUAUAUAUAUAUUUUUUAGUCUGUCCUGUCCAGCCACUCAGCCAAAUCAUAUUGUUGAUGUAGAUGCUCAUAUCUGCUGUACAGAUUUACUUUAGAAAAGAGAAAUGUUGGAUACUUCUCGUGUUGCCUUAUUUGUAUUUGACUUUAUUUAAUGUUUGGGUAGCAUUUUAUUAAACAAAACCAGUUUUCCUUUUAGUAAUGUGGAAAUAUAUCAGAGCUGUUUAUUUUAUAGAGGGAUGUAGUUGAUCAUAGAACCGGCACCCAAUGUUAUUAAAAAAGUAUUACUUUUGAAUGGAGAAUCAUGUGGCGCCCAAAGAUUCACAGACCUAGCGGCUUAUAGUCCGGAUAAUACGGUACAUUCGUUGGUACGUUGUCUUUCAGUAUGAACCCCAAAUGAUGAAUGAAUGAAUUAACUGAAUGUAGACCUUCGCUGUGUUGGUUGAUUCACUUUACGGGGUCCUAUUAUGCAAAACAACUACUUUUUUGUGUUUUUGCAAUCCCCAAAAGUCCCGAAAAUUUGAAAUCAAGCCAUGAUGGCAUGGCGUAGAUAUUUUUAAAACAACCUUGCCUUUUUCCAAUCUUGCACCGAAAGAUAUGUUUGGAAUUUGAGACUAUAGUGAUGUAUUUUGCCUUAGUUACGUCAGCAGAUAUCUCCAUAGAAGGUUACCCAAAGAGCCAUUUUUUAUUCAGUCGUGGUCCAAAGUUGGAGUCAGCAAGUCCCUUAUUUUUCUCUAUCCUCUUGUUGUGGGGCAGACUGUCUCGUAAAUGCACAUGCAUGCUAAAAUCCUCCACUGUUGCCAUUUCUAACUAAAAGUAGCGUAGAGUUUCAACUUAUAUCUGUCAAUAGGCUCGCUAAGGAAGCGCUAAAAACUACAACAUGGCUGACGGGGUGGAGACUCAGUCGAAGGUGGCUUGGCCUGGAGGAGGGCGUCAAUAAGACUGCCCAUUCUGAAGAGGGAGUCAGAAAGCAGCUUAAAGAUGGUCUGUAAAACGAAACCUAUUCACAUUUUUUACCAAGCACCACCAUUACAUGUUUUUAGACCACAAGGAAGUGUUUUAAAUGUAGAAAAAAAUCACAAGAUGACCCCUUUAAAGGCCUACUGAAAUGCGAUUUUCUUAUUUAAACAGGGAUAGCAGGUCCAUUCUAUGUGUCAUACUUGAUAAUUUCGCGAUAUUGCCAUAUUUUUGCUGAAAGGAUUUAGUAGAGAACAUCGACGAUAAAGUUCGCAACUUUUGGUCGCUGAUAAAAAAGCCUUGCCUGUACCGGAAGUAGCAGACGAGUAGCGUGACGUCACAGGUUGUGGAGCUCCUCACAUCCGCACAUUGUUUACAAUCAUGGCCACCAGCAGCGAGAGCGAUUCGGACCGAAAAAGCGACGACUUCCCCAUUAAUUUGAGCGAGGAUGAAAGAUUCGUGGAUGAGGAAAGUGAGAGUGAAGGACUAGAGGGCAGUGGGAGCGAUUCAGAUAGGGAAGAUGCUGUGAGAGGCGGGUGGGACCAGAUAUUCAACUGGGAAUGACUAAAAUAGUAAAUAAACACAAGACAUAUAUAUACUCUAUUAGCCACAACACAACCAGGCUUAUAUUUAAUAUGCCACAAAUUAAUCCCGCAUAACAAACACCUCCCCCCUCCCGUCCAUAUAACCCGCCAUUACAACUCAAACACCUGCACAACACACUCAAUCCCACAGCCCAAAGUACCCUUCACCUCCCCAAAGUUCAUACAGCACAUAUAUUUCCCCAAAGUCCCCAAAGUUACCUACGUGACAUGCACAUAGCGGCACGCACGUACGGGCAAGCGAUCAAAUGUUUGGAAGCCACAGCUGCGUACUCACGGUACCGCGUCUGCGUAUCCAACUCAAAGUCCUCCUGGUAAGAGUCUCUGUUGUCCCAGUUCUCCACAGGCCAAUGGUAAAGAUUGACGGUCAUCUUCCGGGAAUGUAAACUAUGAAACACCGGCUGUGUUAUCCGGCAAAACAGUCAGGGGGUGCAUUCUACGGCGGGGGUGCGUUAUCCGGCACAACACCUGCCGCAAUACACCGCUUCCCACCUACAGCUUUCUUCUUUGCUGUCUUCAUUGUUCAUUGAACAAAUUGCAAAAAAUUCACCAACACAGAUGUCCAGAAUACUGUGGAAUUUUGCGAUGAAAACAGACGACUUAAUAGCUGGCCACCAUGCUGUCCCAAAAUGUCCGCUGCAAUCCGUGACGUCACGCGCUGACGUCAUCAUACCGAGACGUUUUCAGCAGGAUAUGUCGCGCGAAAUUUAAAAUUGCACUUUAGUAAGCUAACCCGGCCGUAUUGGCAUGUGUUGCAAUGUUAAGAUUUCAUCAUUGAUAUAUAAACUAUCAGACUGCGUGGUCGGUAGUAGUGGGUUUCAGUAGGCCUUUAAGGACUUUUAGCCCUGGCAGAAAAGGUCUUUGUUUUACUGUGUUUUAUUGGAGUUAAUAUUAGAGUGCAGUCAAACUUCUUUAAGUCAACAACUUAUCAAAGUUGUGGUCCACCAUGUUCUUAUUACUAAAAAAGUACUUGCUUUAUGGAUAUGAAAUUUGAGACCCGAAAGGGUCAUUUCUUUGGAAGACUAACAUCAUUAAUGCACAUGUGUGUUUUUUGUGGUUAACAAAGUCAUUAAAAAAAAAAAAAGGGUGAGCGGGGCAACCGUAAAGGAAAAGCCACUUCUUAUAUCGCAGUAGACCGCUCUUUUAGCGACCCUUUCUGCAAACCAUCAAAAUGCAUCCAUCUAAAAUUAACACAAAUGGAGGAAACCAAUGUCAACAAACUGCCGUAGUUUAAAAAAUAUGUUAUCGCCCAUUCUCCUUAUGUUCCUGGUCUAAGUCACAAGCCAUGACUAUUUUGGCUUAUGUCGACAACAGCUUAUGUCAUCGCAAGUCUGCAAUCCAAGAGAUGUCGACCUAAACUGGUUCCACUGUAUUGAGAGAGCAGCAUUAACCUAGCACAGCUUACCCAACUCGCAGUGACUUCCCGUUCACUAAAAAGUAAGCUUCAAAAUAAAACUGAAUACAUAGCGUUUUUUCUCUGACUGCUUUACAUAAUGAAAUCCAUUAUGUUAAUCUUUAAGCUACAUUCAAACCAGUGUGGGUGUCCUUCCAAAGGACACAACGGCAAUUACUUUGACGGCAGAAGCCGGAAUCGAACCUGGAACCCUCAAGUUGCUGGCACGGCCGCUCUACCAACCGAGCCACACCGGCCCAAGCAUGGCAGGUACCCUGGAUUCUCCCACUGCAACAAAUAAAAUACACCCAAACUUCGAUAGGUUCAAAAUGGUAUUUAGUCUCUGGUCAAAGUCACAAGUAAAUAAGCAAGCAAUGACUAGUUUGUAGGGAUGUCCGAUAAUAUCGGCCUGCCGAUAUUAUAGGCCGAUAAAUGUGUUAAAAUGUAAUAUCGGAAAUUAUCGGUAUCGUUUUUUUUAUUAUCGGUAUCGUUUAUUUUUUUAUUAAAUCAACAUAAAAAACACAAGAUACACUUACAAUUAGUGCACCAACCCAAAAAACCUCCCUCCCCCAUUUACACUCAUUCACACAAAAGGGUUGUUUCUUUCUGUUAUUAAUAUUCCGGUUCCUACAUUAUAUAUCAAUAUAUAUCAAUACAGUCUGCAAGGGAUACAGUCCGUAAGCACACAUGAUUGUGCGUGCUGCUGGUCCACUAAUAGUACUAACCCUUAACAGUUAAUUUUACACAUUUUCAUUAAUUACUAGUAUCUAAGUAACUGUUUUUAUAUUGUUUUACUUUCUUUUUUAUUCAAGAAAAUGUUUUUAAUUUAUCUUAUUUUAAUAAUUUUUUUAAAAAGUACCUUAUCUUCACCAUACCUGGUUGUCCAAAUUAGGCAUAAUAAUGUGUUAAUUCCACGACUGUAUAUAUCGGUUGAUAUCGGUAAUUAAAGAGUUGGACGAUAUCGGAAUAUCGGAUAUCGGCAAAAAGCCAUUAUCGGACAUCCCUACUAGUUUGGUUUGGAUUUUGUUUAGGUUGAUGAUGCCCCUUGGACGGCCUGACUAACGUUGACGUAAACUGUACUAAGAUUACAAGAGUCACAAAAUUUCACGGAUUCGUCCCACAAAAGUUGACAAGUUUUUAUUUUCAUGGAGCUGAUCAAAGUUAACCCGAACAGUCAAAUAUUGACACUUUGGAAAUGAGAACCAACACCCUCCAAGUAGUAUUUAUAUUAUUAGGUUAACCUUUUAAUUUCAUGUUAAACUAUUCUUUAGUUGGCUCAUGUUUUUUGUUUUGAAGUUUUCUUCCCCAGCUGAUUUUGAUCGUAAAUAUAUACCAUUUUUCACACUUUGUACUAUUGCAUGUGAUCUUUCUUAGUGUAGUCUUUAUUCUAUUUUUUAAGUAACUUAGACUUCUCAUUUCAAGUCCUCCCUGUCCUGACAAUCUUGACCUGGCUCACUCUCACUACACAGGCAGGACUGGAUUUAAGAUUGAGAAUGGAGGUUUCUCACCGGGGUCCACAUUUCUGUCCCCUUCACCUAGUUACCCUUUGAGUGGAACUACAACAUUAUUCAGAGAUCAAUAUCAUGGGAACCAGUGCUUCUGAGAUUAAAUUAGGUGGGUUUUUUUUAAUUGAACGCACUUAAUGAUUUUACACUAAUUUUUUGCAUCCGUCCACAUGCCUGUUUUUAUUGAUCUACUGUAGAAGUGUACAGGUGCUUGACUAUUGAAUUAAAGCUACCAAUAAGUGUUUUAAAUAUUUAUACAAGAAACCACACUCAAGCAAAAAUGCCACUGGGAACUGUCAAUAGCCGCUGUGUCAUUUUAUUAAAACACUAUAUUCUUUUGAGGCAAUUGUCAUUAACUUUUUUUUAUUUUCUGUAGCAUGUGAUGUGUAUACUAGUAAAUAAAGUACAACUCAUGA